CAGUACUGCGCCUCCGCCUGGGUUGGCAUUGACGGUGACACGUGCGAGACUGCCAUCCUCCAGACCGGUAUCGACUUCUGCUACGAAAACGGCGAGACCUCCUACGAUGCCUGGUACGAAUGGUACCCUGACUACGCCUAUAACUUCAACAACAUCGAGAUCUCCGAGGGGGACACGAUCAGAAUCACUGUCAAGGCCUCCAGUGAGUCCAGCGGCACGGCCACCGUCGAGAAUGUCUCCACCGGCCAAUCCGUCACCCACAGCUUCAGCGGUAACGUCGAGGGCAGCCUCUGCGAAACCAACGCCGAAUGGAUCGUCGAGGACUUCGAAUCUGGUGAAUCUCUGGUUAAUUUUGCUGAUUUCGGCACUGUCACCUUCACUGGAGCCGAGGCCAUCAGCAAUGGCCGGACUGUCACUCCUUCUGGUGCUACCAUCAUGGACAUUGAGCAGAAUGGCGAGGUUUUGACCUCUGUCAGCGUCUCUGGAUCUACCAUCCAGGUCACCUACGUCUAG